UAAUAAGAUUUUCACUGGGUCUCUGUACUGAACUAACUGCUGUUUUUGCUUUUUAGAUGUUAUCUUUGAAAUCUGCUAAUAAGGAGUUGAAAGGAAUGAUGAAAACUGUGAAGAUUCAGGACAGAUAACAUGCAAGAUGAGAUGAUGGAUCUGAUGGAUGUGAGCAACGAAAUCCAAGAAUCUCUUGGAAGAAGCUACGGUGUAUCCGAUGAUAUUGAUGAGGAUGAACUUUUGGGUGAGCUUGAUGCUUUGGAAGUGGACAUGGGAACGGAGACAGAAUCUGAGGGCGUGUCGGCAUAUCUUCAACCUGACAAGGAACCAGAUUUGGAUGCUGAACUCGAUUUGCCUUGGGCGCCAUCAGGGCAUGCAGCAGGGCCCAACAGACAGAAUGCCCAGGCAGAAGAUGAACUAGGUUUGCCAGCUGUUCCUCGAGCAUCGAUACGUGGUUAGAGAAUGGAUCAAAGUAUC